CACGUCAACAAUGGCGCCCGCGGAGACGGAGAAAUCCAUUACUCUUCCACCAACACACUUUGUUCUCGUCCCGCUCAUGGGGCAGGGCCACACCACCCCCAUGGCCGACCUUGCAUGCCUCAUCGCAGGACGCGGCGUGCGAGUGAGCCUCGUCACCACGCCCGUCAACGCCGCGCGCCUGCGGGGACUAGCCGACAGGGCGCGGAGCGCCAUGUUGCCGCUGGAAAUUGUCGAGCUCCCAUUCCCGCCGGCCCAUGACGGGCUGCCCCGGGGCAGCAGCGACAAUAGCGACAGUGUCCUCCAAUUGUUCCUGUCCCUCUAUAGGCUCGCCGGGCCACUCGAGGCCUACGUGCGCUCGCUGCCCUGGCGCCCCAGCUGCAUCAUCUCCGACUCCUGCAACCCGUGGACGGUCGGCGUCGCCAGGAGCCUCGGGGUCCCUCGGCUCACCUUCACCGGCCCAUCCUGCUUCUACUCACUCUGCGACUUCAACGUCGCCAAGCACGGGCUUCUUCACAGAGGCGACGAUCACACGUGCGUCGUGCCGGGCAUGCCGGUGCGAGUGGACUUGAGCAAGGACACAUGGGCCGCUGCCUUCUUAACUUGCAUUCCUGCAUGGGGGAAGUUCGUGGAGGAGGUGAGGGAGGGCAUCCGCAUGGCCGACGGCGCCGUGGUGAACACGUUCCUCGGCCUCGAAGAACAGUUUGUUGCGUGCUAUGAGGCAGCGCUGGGCAAGCCGGUGUGGGCGCCCGGGCCCUUCUUCCUCAAUAGCCGGAACGAGGAGGCUCGCACCGUAAACCAGAGCGCGGUCACCGCUUGGUUGGACAAGAUGGACCAGAGCACGGUCGUCUAUGUAAGUUUCGGCAGCCUCGCGCAGAUGCUUCCCAAGCAGCUGUACGAGAUCGGACACGGCCUCGAGGACUCUGGGAAGCCAUUCCUUUGGGUGGUGAAGGAGUCCGAGACGGUUUUGCCAGAAGCGAAAGAGUGGCUCCAAGCCCUCGAGACGCGCACGGCAAGGCAUGGGCUCGUAGUGCAUGGCUGGGCGCCUCAGGUCGCCAUCCUGUCACACCGCGCCGUAGGUGGCUUCAUGACCCACUGCGGGUGGAACUCGCUGCUGGAGUCCGUCGCGCAAGGCGUGCCUGUCGUGACGUGGCCUCACUUCGGUGACCAGUUCCUCAAUGAGAGGCUUGCGGUGGACGUACUUGGCGUCGGCGUGCCAGUUAGGCCGUUCGAUGCCGAAAAGGCCGUGGACCCUGUAGUGCGGGGGCACAUUGCGCGAGCAGUGUCGGAGCUUAUGGGCGAUGGGGCAGUGGCAGAGGAGAGGAGGAGAAAGUGCAAGGAGUACCGGGAGAGAGCUCACGGAGCCAUGGCGAAAGGAGGCUCGUCGCAUGAAAACCUGACGCUGCUAUUACACAGCUUCAUGCGGAGUGGCCGCAAGGAAUAGUAGAUUCGGAAUUGUUAGGCACUCAAUUCCGUUGCUCUGCUAGGUGAAGUGUGAAUCGUGCUAAACUGUCAAAGGAUAACAAAUGGUCCAAAUCUCUAGUAUCAAUGCUCAAGAAUAUCCCUACCACUUGGUUAUUUUGCCCACUAGAAAUGGACAUCCCCUCCUCGAACCUUUUCCACCACCAAAAGGGGUUACCAGUAUGUGGGCAUAUUUUUUUUUACUAUUAUCUGAAUCAAAUAAUACUUAUAAUACUAAUACCUUUCUUGAGGC